GGGAAGGGAGUGGAUUCUCUGAUGUCACAGCCGGUGGGGGCCUCGUUACCUCUUCAUACAAGCAGGCUGUGAACCAGAGACGGUGUAGAGGAAGCUGAGACCAAAAAAAGGGGGGAAAAGAAGUAGGCCAGGUCUAAGACUCAAAGGCAGCACAGGAAGCGAGCAACCCGAAGUCUGGAGCCGUCAGUGCAAAAACCUUUCAUGUUCAUGUGGCUGUAUCUCCUUCAUCUUCUGCCUCUGGGGAUCUCUGCUAGUGUUUUCCGUCUGGCUUGUCUCCUCUCCCCAACCCAGGCUGUGGGACCCGGGAUCUGUGACCCCCCACCAUUGGACACAAUGGGCCUUGCAAGCUACCGGACUGACACAGUAACAGCGAAGGGUCCUGGGCUUAGAAGCUCUCUACCCAGAAGCUCCCACUAAAUCCCAGCAUCCUCUUGAACUCCAGGAACGGAAGCACUGCACUUCCAGGGUCUUCAGUGUGACUGCUUGAACUCUGUUCCCUGUUCUGGGUCUCCGUCUUGCUCUAGGGUUCUGAUGCCUUGUCCCCUCCACAGGAGACCAGGGCCUUCUAACUGCCAUGUUUUCUGGCAAAUGGUGGCUGGGGCCCAGGGACCCCUUGGGGGUGGGAGCCCAGGGCCCAUCCCGGGGAGCCCGCCUCUACAUCCUCUAUGGCUUCACCUACAUGGGAGCGGAUGGCCAGCAGGUGUCUCUGGCUGAAGGGGAUCGGUUCCUCCUGCUUCGAAAGACCAACCCAGACUGGUGGUUGGUGAGGCCCCUGGGAGCACCCCCAAACACUCGGCCUCUUUUUGUCCCCGCUGCCUAUGUGGCUGAGGAGUCUACACCCCCUGGGAGGGCUGCGGCCACUCCUACUGACCAAUUCCUCUGUGCCCCCAAACCAAACUGGUUCCACGCUUCCCUGGAGGAACUGUCCGUGACUCAGGCAGCCCAGAGUCCACCCUCCAGCCUGUCCUGGCAGCCCUCUCUCCCGCCGAGAAAGCCAAGAAGUCUCAGUACAGCUGGGUUGAGUCCGAGCCCGCCGCGAUCGCUCUCAGAGGGCCUGUCUGGGCAGCUGCGCCCUCCAGAAGACCUGCGCACUGGACGCGAGACCUCCACCGCGGGGCGCUGGUCCCCCAUGUCCGAGGCCCCCCUCUACUGUAACCUGGUGGACCUGCGCCGCUGCUCCCAGACCCCUCCUCCAGGCCCCACUCGACCCCCACUCCAGCGGCUGGACUGCUGGGAGCAGCAUCUGGACGUGGACUCUGGCCGCUGUUUCUACGUCCACUCCCUGACUGGCCAGGCGUCCUGGAAACCUCCCCGAAGAGCUCGUGAGAAGACUCCAGACUCCAUGGAGGGGACCCCGCACCCAGGGGGUGACACUGGAGCUCCGAAGGCCCAGGAAAGCAGUGGAGGCCCGUCCAAUCAGGUGUCAGAGGCCAAAGAGCCCAGGGCCACUCAGACCCUCCUUUCGGACAGUCCCCGAGACUCCCUGACUGCCAGAUCCCGGCCUCAGCUCCUGGACGACCCUCACGAGGUGGAGAAGUCUGGCAUGCUCAACAAGACCAAGAUUGCCGAGGGGGGCCGGAAGCUCAGGAAGAACUGGGGCUCCUCCUGGGUGGUGUUGGCGGGAAACAGCCUGGUGUUUUACAAAGUUCCUCCAACUUCCACGCCUGCUGGAUGGGGCCCAGCUAGCAGCCGGCCAGAGAGCAGCGUGGACCUGAGAGGGGCAGCUCUGGCCCACGGCAGACAUCUGUCCAGCCGCCCGAAUGUCCUGCAUGUGCGGACCGUCCCAGGACACGAGUUCCUGUUGCAGUCCGACGAUGAGACGGAGUUCCGAGCCUGGCGCCGGGCCCUCCGGGAGGUCAUCAGCCGACUGGAGCGGGAGAACCCCCUGGAACUCCGACUCUCUGGGUCUGGGCCGGCCGAGCUGGAGGAGCUGAGCCCGGGCGAGGAGGACGAGGAGCCCGAGCCCAGGUUCCUGCUCGGAUGGCGAGGAGGGAGCCGCAGGGUCUCUUGUCGAGGCCCUGAAGAGCAGAACCGAGUCAGGAACAAGCUGAAAAAGCUAAUAGCGAAGAGACCCCCCCUGCAGAGCCUCCAGGACCGGGGGCUGCUCCGAGACCAGGUGUUUGGCUGCCACCUGGAGUCUCUGUGUGAGAGGGAAGGAAGCACCGUGCCCCAGUUCUUCAGACUCUGCAUAGACACUGUGGACAAGAGAGGUCUGGAUGUGGAUGGUAUUUACAGAGUCAGUGGAAAUCUGGCUAUCAUCCAGAAACUUCGGUUCCUGGUGGACAGAGAGCGAGCGGUCACCUCUGAUGGAAGAUACCUGUUCCCCGAGCAGCCAGGACAAGAGGGCCGGCUAGACCUGGACAGUGCAGAAUGGGAUGACAUCCAUGUCGUCACUGGAGCCUUAAAGCUUUUUCUUCGGGAGCUUCCCCAACCCCUGGUCCCUCCAUCACUCCUGUCACCCCUCCGUGAAGCCCUUGCACUUUCUGAGUCAGAGCAACGCUUAUCCCGGAUACAGGAGCUCAUAGGCUCAAUGCCAAAGCCCAAUCGAGACACCCUUCGGUGCCUUCUGGAACAUUUAUGCAGGGUGAUAGCCCAUGCGGACAAGAACCGAAUGACCCCACACAAUUUGGGUAUUGUGUUUGGACCAACACUGCUACGACCAGAGCAAGAGACCUCUGACCCAGCUGCCCAUGUCUUCUAUCCCGGACAACUGGUUCAGCUGCUGCUGAAUGACUUCACCAGUCUCUUCCCUAACCUGUAAAUCCUGGACUCUGCCCUUCAUGAAUGUGUUGAGCUGACCUCAACUCUGAAAACAAGGGAUAGGAGGGAUGGGACCUCCAUUUGUUAGCCAUAACAUUUGAGCAGGACUAUCUAUUAGCCAUAACAUUCAGUUAAACCUCCAUUGGGUAGCCUAUUUGAUUCCAAUGGUGAUGUCCAUUUUGAGGGUUUCCAUAUUAAGGAAGCUUGUAAAUUUUUUUGUAUUAGGAAAGGAGGGUCUUCAUUGGGGGAGUCUGUUUGGGACAUUAGACCCUAUUCAGUAUCAUCUGAUUUUAGCUUUGUGUAUUGGGGAUGGUUAUCCUUCAAUAAGGAAAGACUCACAUUCAACCCAGAUUCAUCCUAGAGACCCAAGAAAGGGGAUCAGAUUUUCCUAAUUGCUCUGAUUCCUUGUGCCCCCAUCAAGGACCAGAACUCUGAGACAAAAAUAAAGCUUAGGUAGGGCUCCUAUUUACAAGUCUCCCCCAAAGUGGUUCUGAGAGUCCCUGCAAGAAAAGGUACUUAAUUUACAAAUUAAAUUAUCAGAUAUAGGACAGCUAUUUCCUUUGUGCUUUAAGUAGCUACUGAAACUGCUGUAUGCUUAAAAUACAAAAGAUUCAUCUGUAUAUUAACAAAUACUUAAAAAAUAAAACAAUAACAUAUCACAGCUGUUUACUAUCCCCAAGUAAUAAAGGCAUUUAUGAGACUACUGUUGCUAAACAAAUAUUUCACAUUCAACUUGGAUCUAUAUUGGACAACCAACUGAAAAGGUUCAGGUCUUGUGGUUCAACCAAACAUGGCUCUUUAUCCCUAAUUUCAGGAUGAAACUUGGGAUCAUCUUUUUAUUUCCUGGAGAAGCAGACUGGAAGCACUUUGGGUUGGGUAGCCAUAACUGCAAUAAAAACUCAAGAACUUCCAAACUUGUGAGGUAGCCACUACAGUUGGAAAGGUCCAUCUCUGCAUCUAAGGUUGUGGCAAACAUCUUAUGGGUGGUAUACCUGUGCUCAGGGAAGAAAGACAAAACAGUCAUGACAACCAGGAACUUAAAGUUUAGUCUCGGGUUCAAGCAGCCAGCACAGGUUCUUGUUGUAAUAUGCUUAACAACUACCAUUGUUACUGCAGGGUGUAGAUAGGUAGACAGGUUACAAGUCUCUGUAGGUAGGAAAGAAAUCUCCUUUUCUCCUCUCUGAUAAUCCAAGGUGGAGCUGGAAAAGUCCCACUACUCGAUCUAUGUUCCAGAGAUUCAAAAAAGAAAAAGAAAGAGGACCUAUUUGUACAAAAAUGUUUAUAGCAGCUCAUUUUGUGGUGACAAAAUUGGAAAUGGAAGGGUUGACCAACUGGGGAAUGGCCGAACAAGUUGUAUAUAAUUGUAAUGGAAUACUAUUGUGAUACAAGAAAUGAUGAGCAGGAUGAUUACAGAAAAACCUGGAGUUACCCAAAUUAAUGCAAAGUAAAUGAGCAAAACAAAUGAAUAUUGUACCCAGUAACAGCAAUAUCAUACAAUCAUCUACCUGGAAUGGCUUAGCUAUCCCAGCAAUCCAAUGAUCCAAGACAAUUCCAAAGAACUCAUGAUGAAAAAUGCUACCCACGUCCAGAGAAAGAACUGAUAAGAGUCUGACUGCAGAUUUAUUACUUUAUUUUCUUCAUUUUUUAAAAUACGAAUCUUCUCAUCAUGACAAGUUCGGAAAUAUGGUUUUCAUGAUCACAUAUGUAUAACCUACAUCAAAUUGCUUACUGUCUUAGGGAGGGGGAGAGAGUAUAUUUUGCAUGAUAAUACUUGUAAAACUGAGAUCAAAUUGUUUACCGUCCCCAGGAGGGGAGAGGGAAGGGAGACAAAAUAAGUUUUGAUCUUAUAACUUCAAAAGAUGUGUGCAGAAAAUUGCUAUUAUAUGUACUUGGGAAAAUAAAAUAUCUUUUUAAAGGA